AAAACGACGUCAUUUCCUUUAGGGCAUUUUCUGAUUGAACGACGUCGUCUUUUCUUCUCCGAUUAGCGUCGGUCGUCUUCUUCGUCUUCUCUCUGUCGCUGAUCUGGGUUUUGCUUCAACGUGAAACAUCUUUGAGGUUGAUGAUGAGGUUUCUGUUUACUUAAUAUCCUGUGAGAGAAAACUCUUCUUGACUUGAGGUAUGAUAAUACUCUAAUUAUUGUUUAUUUUGUGUUGGAUCAAAUGGAUGAUAAGAACUUGUUGAUCUACUUCUAAACCUCUUAAUUUUGGAGACUAUGAUAAGAGUAAAGGACAUAGUAUGUUUGAAUACUGAUACUGUAGUCUGUAGUGUUGCUGACAAAAACGUAUAGGUAUAUGUACAUUUGUUUUCGCUGAGGCUAAAGAUGGAUAAGCUUCUUGAGAAUCAUCAGUUUGCGACACAUGCCAUCGCUGCCUCGGCCUCUGUCUCGUUAGGAACUGCUCUCGCUUAUCCUUUAGAUACCAUCAAAACCAUUAUCCAGGUUGGUUCAGGACCCAAUAAGAAAUUAAGCUCCUUUCAAGUUUUUAAUAGAGUUCUUCGAUUCUCUGGCUAUUCAGGUCUGUACAGUGGUCUUGGAUCGUUAACUUUAGGAAGAAUUUCUGGUUUUGGUGCAAGGUUUGGUGUCUAUGAGAUUCUAACAGCUUUCUACAAAGAUGGUCGACAUGAUAACUACGUGAGUGUUGGUGAAGCUUUUCUGGCUGGUCUGGUGGGAGGUGCAGCAGAAACAGUGAUGACUUCUCCAUUUGAGCUAAUCAAAGUCCGAAAACAAGUGACUGCUGCAUCACGGGCUCCAAAUGCUUCCGCUGUUGCAGAGACCGCACCGGUCUCACCCAUGAUCACAAAACUGCUAAGAAGAUACACUCUUGAUGUAAAGUCAUUGACACAAACAGUCAGUCUCUUAUCCGUCUUAAAUCACAAACACCCAAACAUGACAGCUGCUUUGCAAGAGUACCCUUGGAUGAUGACUGGAACAGGAAACCCACCAUCAGCCAUGGAUGUUAAGAGACCGCUCGAUGUUGCAUCACUUGAAGGAUAUAGAGCUUUAUGGAGGAAUCUACGUUCAGGUCUUAUAAGAGAUUGUAUUUACGGUGGAGUAUUCUUUUCAACAUGGCAGUUUCUUCACGAGGCAAUGGUCGGUUGGAAAGCUGUUGGGAUGAAUCCUCUGCCCAGUUCUGAAGAAGAAGUUGGACCUUUAUCUCCGGUAGCCAUUAGCCUUGCUGCUGGGAUAUCUGGUGCCGUUGCAGCUGCAGCAUCACAUAGCUUUGACACAGCAAGAACACGUGCACAGUGUGUAAUAUUGCCAAAGUAUACAGCAAAGGAGAGGAAGUUUCUAAAAUGGAAUAAACCAGGGAAGAGAUUAGAGAGAUGGACAGGAAUCCAUCCUACAGACAGAAAUCUCUUGUUCCGAGGUAUUGGGAUGAGGAUGGCUCGAAGCUCUGUUGCAUCGACUGUGAUCGUAGGAAGCUAUUACUUAGCUGUCGAUUUAUUGGUUCCCAAGUGAGAAAACAAACAAUCACAUAAGCCUACAAAUCUGUCUUUAGAUCAGAUUAACGAUACCGCAAUAGUGAUUGUUUUUUAGUAGCCUGCGUUUUGUUAUACAGUUAACAGAGAAAUCAUAUGUGAGUUUUUCUCAAUACUCUGAAAUAAAUAAUUAACAUCAUUGGCUGUAUCUGUAAGUUUGAUGAUUACAAAUUAUCAAUUUCCUAGACAAAUGAAACUCGAAAAUUUGCUGUAUUUUACGACGAGUUUAGGAAUAAGCUACUUGCAAUGGG